AUGACACUCUGCAGCUGCUCAUACUCGCACUAUCUGGUCUACGACCCCCUUUCCCGUCGCCCCUACUACACCAGCAUCCCCUGGCUUGCCGCCGACUUCAAGCGUUGGGGUUACCGCGUCGAUGAGUACGCGGAAAAGUCGCUCUGGAUCAAGCAACAUUUCAAGAAGCCGCAGCGAGUGAGACCGUUGCUGCUUUGGGCGGCGGAGGUUCUAAGGAGAGAUGAGACCGACAGAGAGGACACGGAAGGAGAAGGAGAGGAAGCGGGAGGUGAAGAUGAAGUGGGCAGAGUAUUAGCGGACUUUAUGCGAGGGUUGGCAAGAUCUGGUGAGUACGACUACUAUUGGUCGAGCUAUAGGGCAAAGCGUAGAAAUACGGCGCUUCGACUCCCCAUCCCACAAAUACCCCUCUCCUCCCCCCACCACACCCGCCUCGCCUACCUUGGCUACCGCAUUCCCCCCUCUGCCUCGGCUGCCCUCAGCUUCUACAUUAGCCUCAUUGGUCCCCUUCAAAUCAUUCACAACGCCCGAAAACCACGCAUGAGCCCGUACGACCACGGUCCCCUGGAACGCCUCACCCUUCGAAUUGGGCCCCAUAGAUAUCGUAACAAGGAGCAUCUCUAUGAAGCAAUGAAGUUUGCGGUGGAGGCGAGACCGGGGAGGAUGGGGGAGUUGCGGGAUCGGACAGCCUGGACUGACAUAGAUGAGCAUGGAGUUAUGAUUGUGAGAUUGUGGGUCAGAGCGGAAGAUGAGGAUGGAAUUCAUGCAUAUGAGGCGGAAGCGGUCGAGGAACUGCCGUUGUAUGAGAGCGAGGAAGAAGACUUGGAGGGAGAAUUGCCGCCAUCAUAUGAUGAGGUCAUGGUCAAGGAGCCGGCGUAG